GUCUGGCUGCGUGUGUGCAUAACUACCCCAAAUGCGCUGCUGAGCGAACGAACGGCCGCUCUCAUGGCUACCUGCGCCUGCGCUGUCGCUGUUGCCGUCGCCGUCGCUGCUCAGGUAAACGAGUCGCAUCGGACUCGUUUUGCCGUCGUCGCGCAUCGUUUUUAGUCAACGCGCUAGCUCCGACGAGGAUCAGUAUCCUUUUGGCGUUCCGUGUGCGCGGUUGUCUGCCGCUCGUCCUGAAACGCAGCUGCAAGAAAAAUAACAGAACUCUGUGAACUCUCACUACCACCAAUGAACUCAAGCAAAACGCGUAAAAUUUGUUAAGUUUUUAUCGGUUCGGACACUACAAUAAUAAUUAUAAUAAAAGAAAAGUACGUGCAAUAAUUUGUUGACACUUCAAUUCGUACUUCAACCAAAGUUUUUAUGUUGUGAUUCAUUUGUGUUGUGUGUGUGUGUGUACGUUCGUUUACUUCGACACAAACACUUGGAUUAAAUACUCGCAGCAAUAUUCCCUUGGAUUAUCAACUAAACAGAAAUGGAUUACAAAAACGAUCUUAACUCUGACGACGACUUCGACUGCUCCAAUGGCUACAGCGAUAGCUUCGGCAGCAAUGGGCGCAUGUCCAAUCCCAAUGGCCUCUCCAAGGCGGAGCUGAGAAAAACAAAUAAACCCAUUAUGGAAAAACGGCGGCGCGCUCGCAUCAAUCACUGCUUGAAUGAGCUCAAAUCGCUGAUCCUGGAGGCAAUGAAGAAAGACCCGGCGCGACAUACCAAGCUGGAGAAGGCCGACAUACUCGAGAUGACAGUGAAGCAUUUGCAGUCGGUGCAGCGCCAGCAGCUGAACAUGGCCAUCCAGACGGAUCCGGGCGUGGUGCACAAGUUCAAGACGGGCUUCGUCGAGUGCGCCGAGGAGGUGAAUCGCUAUGUCAGCCAGAUGGAGGGCAUCGAGCCGGGCGUACGCCAGCGCCUGAGCGCCCAUCUCAACAACUGCGCCAACAGCCUGGAGCAGAUCGGCUCCAUGAGCAACUUCAACAGCGGCUAUCGAGGCCAACUACCGCCGACUAUGUUUCCGGGUGCCACGGCUGCUGCUGCGGCGGCGGCGCCUCUCUUCCCGCCGCUGCCCCAGGACCUGAACAACAAUAACAGCAGCAGCAACAGCAGCCGCGACGGCAUCACGCCGGCAGCUCCGGCCAUCCAGAUGGGCGGCCUUCAUCUGAUACCCUCGCGCCUGCCGUCGGGCGAGUUUGCGCUGAUCAUGCCGAAUACAGCGACAGCCGGGACUACGGCUCCAGCGCCGGCGCCCUUCGUCUGGCCGCCGGGAGCAGCUGUGAAUGCCGCCAGCGCAGCGCUAGCCAGCAUUGCCAAUCCCACGCAUCUCAACGACUACGCCCAGAGCUUCAGGCUGAGCGCGUUCAACAAGCCCGCGGCGCCUGUCCAGACCCAGCUACAGGCAGCUGUAGCAGGAGUCGGAGCAGGAGCUGCAGUUGUGAACGGCGCAGCCAAGAAUACCGCCAGCAGUCCACCACUCAGCCCCAUCUCGUCCAUCUCCAGUCAGAGCCACGGCGACGAGUCGCGCGCUGCCUCCCCAGCGAGUGCUGCCCAGGCGGAGCUCCUGCUGGCCAAGCAGCACAGCUUUGCCGGCGUCUUCUCCACGCCGCCGCCCACCAGCGCCGAGACCUCGUUCAACAGCAGCGGCUCCCUGAAUCUGAGCGCCGCCAGCCACGACACCAGCGGCUCCCUGUGCAACAACAACAGCAGCUCUCGGUUGCAGCAGCAGCAAGUCAGCUCCACCAGUGGCCAGGAGACGGGCAGCAUGAAGCGGGAGCGGGAGCGCGAGGUGGAACCGGAGCGGGAGCAGGCCGAUUCUAGCGAUUGUUCGUUGUCGGACGAACCAUCGUCUAAGAAAUUCCUGGCCGCAGCCAGCGAGAAGUCCAGCUCCGCCUGGCGGCCCUGGUGACGCAGCAGGGGCUGUUCCCGAAAUAUUAUUGUCUAUGUCUUAUGUUAAGUUUAUCUCUCUCACUCUCUCGUGUUUACUCUUGCUCUUGUCUCUCUUGUUAAUUUAUUUCCAUUGCAAUUUUCAUUGAUGUAUUCGAGUUUUCAGUUAAGUUUUUCCAGUUUUCACGUUUCGAUUUUCGAUU